ACAUCCCCAUCAAAGAGCCUUUUACCAGCAUAACUACUAUUUCCUCUGUUCAAUACACUCUUCAUUUUUGUAAGAAAAUGCUUAAACUGCUGAUCAUUCCAUUCUUCAUCCUAUCCUGCUUUCAAUCCACUCAGGAGAGUCAAAAAUCCAAUGAGAAAGACAACGAGCAACUGUCUAACCCUGAGUUUGGAUCUCUCCAAAAGAGCUUGGAAGUACAAAUUGGCCAGAAUGUGACUCUGUCCUGUCAAUCCACCAGUGGCUCUCUUCCUAUCAACUAUACAUUUUUUAGAGGAAAUCAGAAUCUGUGGCCGAUUAUAACGAAGGAGGACAGGAACCCAGCUCUGUUUAACCUAACUGUCAGUUCUGCCAGCGACUUGGGGGAAUAUAAAUGCAAAGUUGCAAACGGAAUCUCCAACAGUUCAAAAUACAGCAAGAGUCUCAACUUUAUGUUACUAGAUCCAGUGUCCAAACCAGUGCUGAGCACGACUACUUCCCAAGUGAGGAUAGGCCAGAAUGUGACACUGUCUUGUCACUCGGAAAACGGCUCUUCUCCCAUCAACUACAUAUUUUUUAAAGGACGGAAAACGAUGUCAUCCAGAAUACCUAUGCAAGGGAAGGCAGCAGCAGUGUUAAAUGUAAUUAUCAAUUCUCCCAGUGACUUGGGCAACUAUAAAUGCAAAGCUGAAAAUAAUAUCCCCAAUACUACAAAAUAUAGCAACAGUCUCAACUUUACCCUAGCAGAAGAGGAUGGCCUUUUCUAUCCCCUCCUCCUUUUUCUUGUGCUGCUCUUUCUGCUGGUGGUGAUAGCAACUGUCCUACUGGUUCCAUUUCUGAUCCUGCCUUGGUGUAAAGCAAGAAAACUGAAGUCAGCUGGCUCCUCAACUGGUUUUGUUUCAACAGACAAGGCAACAGGGCCUGAAAAUUACGUGACAUACACUGAGAUAGAGUAUGCUAAAUCUGAAGAAGCGGAGUAUGCCAACAUACUGAUUAGAAAAGAGGAGGAAGACAGGAAAGUGAACAUGAGGGCAGAUACUAGAGUUUUCUACUCUGAAGUCAUCAUAAGAGAUGGAACGCAACAAGCUGAACCACUCCAUUCUCCAGAGUAGCAUCACUGAUCAAGAUUGUGAAGAGGACACUCAUCUCAUCAUACCUGCCAAAGAAUGAGCACUCAUUACUGCUGUUACAGUAUUGUUGCCUUGGUGUGUGGCAGACUUAGACUGGGGUUAUAUCCCAGAGCAAUAUGUAUACGUUCAAGUUUUGUAUGUAGUUGUGUCCAAUAUGAAGAUGCUUAUUUUCUUACUUUCAGCUCCUUGAUCUUCUCUGGUUAACUGCAGUAAGUUAUUAGAUUCUUUUGCAACAAAAGUGGAAUUUUAUUUAGUAACCUACAAUGGGGACAUUUUUCACAGGAGAAAAACAUUACCAUUUCUCCACUAUUUACUAGCUGACCUGCCAUACUUGGAAGAGUAUUGUACAUGAACAUGACUUAUUAACUUUACUAUGUUAAAACAGUAUGUGUUUGUUUCUUGCUGAAAACUUCUAUUAAUGUUAAGAGAAAAGCACAAAAAUAAAAGAUUAUUUUUAGUCCUUAAUCUACUUAUGUUUUGUAGGUCAAUAUGGGCCAAUUCUGGCAAACUUAACUGGCAUGCACAAUUUUUACUCAGUAGAACUGCUUGUGUGAAUGGAGAAUGAAUCAAGAUGGUACCAGUUGCAGGGUUCUAUAUAACAACGUUUUCAAAUAAAAUGACUUAAGAAUGAAAUGCAGAAGUCAACCCACAUGCAAAAUUGGAUGUGGGCUGGUUCAGCAGAUUUACGAUUCACUUUAGGAAACCAGUUUUCAGACGGGAUUUCCUGAAUGGUUUAUUAGUAGCAACUGAAGAGAAAAAAAAAAAAAAAAAAAAGAAGAACCAAAUAGUUGAAGUAUGAAAAA